UGGACAUUGUAUUUUGGAACAAUUCGAAAAGUUAACCGUAUGCGGUCUAAUGGACAAAUUCGAGAAACCACAAUCGUAUCUUAGUUGGACAACCGCUCAGGUCAUAUCUUGGCUUUCCGGUACUUAAGCAAACUUUGAAUAAACUUGUUUAAGGGUUGGACGAUGCUGUCGAGCCGUAUCUGUCCGCAUUCAGUGCCAAAAAUAUAAGUGGAAAGUGGCUUAGCUCCCUGACUGCUGAUGUUUUGGACAAGUAUGGAGUUCACAAGAUUGGCCAUCAGAUGAUCAUAUUGGAGAAAGUGAAGCAACUACAAUACCAAUUUUCAUCUUUUGAUAACGAAACACUUCAGUCAGUUUUAUUGCGCGUAUCACGUUCGUGUACAUGCAUUGUUACUGCAAUAAAUUCUCUCAUGGCUAUAACUAAGAGACAAGAUGCUGAUAGUCCUUAUCCGGGGAUACUUACAGAUAUUCAGGGAGCUGUUUCUUACAUUCUCAGUUGUAUACUGAACCUAAUGUCCUCGAUUGGUAAUGCUGCGUCCUGGCUAGAGCGACCCCCUUUUUCUCUUCUUCCCGAAAUGGUUGUAUUCCGGCAAUUUCUUGUUGAGAAUGCUAUAAUUACCAAUAGGUUAUCUCAGCAGGCUAUAAGUACUCAAUGCAAUGAACAUUUUAAGGAGAUAAUCGAUUAUAUUGAACCAAUGAGAAUCCGUGUCGAAGAUGUUCUGCAAAACUGCAGUGAUUCCAUCUUACUAACUCCAUGUGGCAUUGAAAUGGUACAAAUAAGAAAACUUGACUCUGCUGAUUUUGGGUUUAAUUUUCGGUCCACGAUAAACAAUAUUCACGUAAUUGUUUCUGUUCAGGAUGAAUCCCCAGCAUUUAGUACUGGAAAAGUUACCAAAGGAGAUGAAGUAAUCGAAGUAAAUGAACAAAUAGUUAUUGGUUGGCUUCACUAUCGCGUCGCUGACUUAAUGCGGCAUUCUUCACAGCACAUCAGUUUGCGAUUGCGAAAGCGACCCUCUCAUUCCAACGAUUUUAUUGGCUUUCCAGGAGCUGGGCGGCGUCAUCGCCUAAUAGUCAACCAGAUACCACCUGCUGGGAGCCUAUCCCAGACGCGAGGUGCGUAUAUAUUUACCAGAAAUCCAAAACGUCGUCUGCCUCUUACAGGCCCACUUUCUGCAGAACCUUUGUCUGUUACUCAAGAAACCACCUCCGAUCAAACAUCUGUUUCCUCACCUACAUCAACAUCACCUGAAUCUCAAUCCAUAGUUAGUGUGUCUGGGUUGCUUUCCUCUUCUCCGACGUCUUCUUUAUCUGUGCAUCAGGGUACAUCAAUAAAAAUAAAUGAUGAUCCUUGCAAUCUAGAAAAUCGUGCUCAUAUAUCUUUUAGACCGAAUUCCAGCAAUGAAUCCAUAAUUUACAAUAACUCGAGGCUUAUUGCUAGUACACCAAAUACUCCAUUAAUGACUUUACGAUCAAUGGACUCGGUGUGUUCUCAUUCUUCGCUAUCGUUUCCACCCCACCUUCCACCUGCGCAUCCUGGUACUAUAACGUUUGACAACGGAAUAAACGAUACUAGUGUGGUCUCAUCUGAUAUAACAUACUCCAAAAAAUACAAGUCUGUCAAUACUUCUCAUCAUAUUCGCUCAACUUCUUGUUCUUCAAACAAAUCUGUUUUUCCUCGUUUUUCCCUAACACAUCGACGCACAGCUUCUGGUGACCCAAAACUGAUGAAUAGUAUAUCUGGUGGCAAUGGGGAAGAUACGUUAUUUCAGAAAAACCGAUUUCAUGCUCUGGAUAAACGCUAUAGAAACCUUCAUCGUUCUAGUCUUGAUGAUUUCAUGCUUUUUUUAAAACAUGGAUUUGGAUCAAGAAAACCAACUCGUCGUAUAUCCUGCAAGGAUCUUGGACAGGGAGAUUGUCAAGGUUGGCUUUGGUUGAAGAAAACCAACCCACUUACCAGUAAAUAUGUGAAGCGAUGGUGUGUUUACAAAAACUCAACGUUCUAUUAUUACAGAAAUCCUGAAGAUGAUUCAGCUGAAGGUUUAAUUCUCGAAAUCGGAAAAUUUGCAUUCUCAAUUUUCAAUGAUUGGGUUCGCUUUGUGUUCGCUUCUGAUUCUGAAAUCGACCGAUCAAAAUGGAUGAAUAAGUUAGGCCUAGCUUCAAUCGGUUUGUCAUCUACCAUACCAAAUUCUCGUAUUGGAGGUUUCAAUCCUGGUUAUGUGGUUUUAUGUGACUCGAAAAAUAACGAAGUAAAAGCUGGAAUUCCGCAUCCACAUUCAUGCACCGUUUUAUCAGAUUCACCCACUAAAAAUUUCCAAGGCGACAACACAUCUGGACUUCGAUCUCAUACCUUAUCAACUUCCAAAACUACAGAUUUCGCAGAAAACUCCUUAACAGUGGUGACUUCCCAGCCUGUGUCAACCCCUCCAAGGCAUGCAGCACUACACUCAGUUUCAUCACCAUCAUUUUCUACGUUUGAUUUGCGUUCGAAUUCUUUACCAUCUGAACCCCGUGCUGUCCGCUCUAUAAUUUUUCCUCGGAAUAGUGCUCUAUCACCCUCAACUGGACAUUCAUCAUCUCCUGCUCACACUAGAAUUAGGCAUCGUCAACCACUUGAAAUCCCUUCAGUAGCAUUCGGAUGCUAUAGUGAGAGUGAAGAUGAAAUAGACGAGGAUGUUGAAGCCGAUUGUGAUGUGGAUGACAACUGUAUCUCUGAGGGAGGCGCACAACUAAAUCUUCGAGACCGACCAGGAUCUACAUCCCCAUCACAUGACCGAAGAUAUGUUAUUUUAAACAGUACAGAAGAAAAUGAAUGUUUGCAAGAAUAUAAAAAGCUGAUUUCAUGUAAAAGUGAACUACAUGUGUCCGAUGUACAUGCUUCAAUGCCUUUAUCACGUCCAUUAAAAGCUGCGCAUAUCAUUACGAAAAAUCUCAAUUGUUCUGAUAAACUUUCAGGUGUCGAAAAGAUUAUUGACGUAAGAAACAACGAAUCAGUCCCCGAAUGCAGCAGUAGGCGUUUUAAUAACUGA